UGUCGGAUGAGGUCAAGCUCCAACGAGUCCUAAGAUAUGUCCUUCAUAGCCACCAUCACGAAGUGGGCAAGGUCCCGGAUGUCGCCAAUGGUAGUUGGGCGAGGUUCAGGGACAUGAUGCAGAAAAAGUACAGGUUGGGGGAUGGGUUGCUGAGCAUGGCGGAUUUGGAAGCCAUGAACAAGGACGACUUCUCCACGAUUGGGGCGUUUGUGCACGAGUUUAAAAGGAAGGCGCGAAAGGUGCACGGGAUCUCCGAAGAAACCCUGUGUGCCAUAUUUUUGGGUCUGCUUACUGGCUCGGAGGCCUCGGAGCUGACGAGUCACGGAGGGGGAAAUGAGAAACUCACCUGGGCCACUAUCGACAAAGGGGUGGAAGAGGGGAGCCUGGACCAGGUGGAGCAGCACCAGGUGCGGCUGCAAAGGUGCAAGAGAAAGGAAAGGGACGCCACCGCGUCCAGGACCCCAGGGGUGAAGAGGAUCGUCACGGACGUAUGGGCAACGCUGGGGUAUGAUAAUGAGGCGGAAGUGCAAAAGAGGGGAGUGACCGUAGCCCAAGGCGGGGCGUCGGGGGCAGUGGAAGAGGAGGCUAGGCGCGAGGACUAUGGCGGGGAAGAGACGGGCUCCCAGAUCCUAACCAAGGCCCAGAGAAAGCAUCGGAAUUUACAAGUGGAUCUGGUGAUAAAGAACCAGAAGUGCACUGGGAUGGUGGACACGGGCGCAGAGAUGAACAUCAUCAGGGAGAAGGAGGCGGUGAUGAUAGGCAUGGAGAUGGACCGCUCGGACCAUGGCAUGCUGCAUGUUGCUAACUGCAAGGCCGUCUUUUGCGGCACAACGUCAAAUGUGAUUAUAGAGAUUGGGAAGGUGCCAGCCAUGACUUGCUUUUUCGUUAUGCCUGAUGUCGAUCACCCCAUCCUUCGGGGGCAGUCGUUUCUGUGUAGGACGAAAAUGUUGAUCUUCAACAAGCACGACGGAACAAUGAUCCUGCUCCUCUGCAAUCCGACGUGUGGGAAUUAUGAAAUUAUCACCUGCCGGAACACGGGAACGGGGAGCGGGAGGAAUAGGCCCAAUCUAGGCUCGUUCACCUUUGAGGAGUCAGAGAACGAGCAGAGACGACUUUGGGAAGUGCCCGAGGACGAAGAUAGGGCUGAGGUGCUGACACUGAGCCUCACGGAUGUGAAUAAGGCCAUGGAGGUGGUAUCGGGUCACGACAUGGCGGAUCCGGAGGCCAUAAGGCUGGCGAUGGUGCAAAGGCAUAUGAUCAGAGCCAUGCAGACAGUCAGUCCACGUAUCACUCAGCCUUAUAUUGAUGACCUGGCGGUCAAAGGUCCGAAGAAGCAGGAGGAAGACGAAGUGAUGCCCGGUGUGCAGCGCUUUGUCUGGAAGCAUGUCCACGACUUCGAUCAGGUUCUGGGGUUAUUGGAGGAACAUAACCUGACGGCGAGCGGCCCCAAGUCGAAACAUUGUAUGAGGGAGGCCACGAUUCUAGGUCACGAGGAGAAUGAGAUUCUGGUUCCUGAAAGCCGGAACGACGGAUUCGAGGAAGGAGAAAUCAAGGAGACGUUUCAGGCGGAGGAGUACGAUGGGAUCUACCGGGAAUUGGGGUUGCUCCUAUCAUGUGAGAUGAGGGAUAGAGAUGCGAGUGCCAAGGCACAGAAGAUGAGGCACCUCUAUGUGCUGGGAGCGGACCAGAGUGGACCGGCAUGGUAUGAGACAGUAGAGGAUGAGUCAGAGGAGGAGCCACCUGAGCCGGGGCCUGAGGCGGGUUCUCAUGAACCCGAGGAGCCGCAGACUGAGGGGGUUAUCACUGUUGGCGAUGAUAGCCCUCCUCCUACCCCGAUUUCAGAACAAGCGCGACAAUAUUGGCCUGAAGGAAUUCUUGAGCCGGACAGCGAGGAGAUGUUGGGGCCCCCACCGGAAGCUUCUACGCCACCUUCGACGCAGGUGGAGCCAGAGGAGGGCGAGAGAGCGAGGGCACCUACCACUGUGGCCCCACAACUAACUGAGCCUACAGGUGAGCGCAUGGACGUGGAGGUGCCGACAUCCGGGGAGCCUCCGCCAGGGCCGCCACCCGCAGAGGAGGGGACAAGUGAGAGAGAUCCACUGCGAGAGGGUCACGAGGCGAGGACAGGGAAGCCACCGGGGGAGACGAGAGAAGAGAAGCGCGCGAGGGUGCAGGUGUGCCUCGAGGAGCUAUACCAGGAAAAACUUAGGAUGGAGGCCGUUGGGGAAGCGCCAAAGCCGCCAAUUGACCUCCCGACGAGCGAGCAGAGGAUUAGCGAGGCUUGGGCCAAUUAUGAGGGUGAGAGGGACGCUGCUCGUCUGAGAUCGCGAGAAGUAGGACAGGAGAAUACGGGGGUGGACAAGGCACGAGAAACAGAGGACUUGGGAUUUUCAGCCGCCAGGAUGGAGAUUGAGCGUGCAGACAGGAGGAUAGGCGGCGAGGUGGCAAUCUCGUCCUUCCAGCGGUACUCCAUGCUCAGCGAUGAGUUGGCGGCCUCGAGGUUAGAAGUGGGACAGUUGUCCACCCAGUUGGUGGAAGAGAGGGCAGAGAACCAAACGCGGAGGUCCCGCAUGGAAGCCAAGGAGGCGGAGUGGGAGAAGAGGCUCCAGGACAUGGCGGCAAUGGUAGAGAGGCUCUCGGCCACUAAGGUGGUCGACUGGACGGAGCAGAGCCAGUAUGGUAUCCAGGGGAAGGAGGUACAGGGGCUCUUUGGCCAGGAAGGAACGACAGAGACGCCACAGCAAGAGGGAAGGGGAAAGGUAUUCCUGGACCCAACAGAGGCGGCGGCAAGGCGGGAGGCCGAGGAGAAAAGGUUCAGUUUUAGGACUCCCACGGAGUUGGCCUCGCAACAGGCCACCGCUAUGACGAUUGAGGUUCUUGGGGACGAGCCGGCGCAGGGACCCCAACCUCUAGGGGAGGAAGGGGGCCCCACAGAGGAGUCCCCUACGAUCCUUUUGGAGGUGCAGGAAGCUAUGGAGCUGGACAUGCCGUCAGGAGGGCCUCAGAGGCAGGAGACCCCGGAACGCGUGCCAGAGAUAGGGGAGCUGAGGACGCAAUUGGGCUCUUGGGCUCAAGGAGCUGACUCAGGAGAGCACAUCUCAGAGCAGCAGCAAGAAGUUAUGAGCCAGCCAGUGACUGUUGUGACACCCCAACCCUCUGACCUGCAUAGGGACGAGGGGGCGAAUGCGAUGGGAGGAGUCCGCGAGGGUAGGCCACUGAGAUUGGACACUCCAGCGUACCAACCCGAGGGAGGUGAGGCGCUAGCGGGGCCGAGUACCCAGAUGAUGGAGGCGGGGCCGGCAGAGUCAUGGAGUAUGCCCCUGAGCCAUGAGAUGAGCAGGGAAACUAGCGAGAUGCCGUCGUUGCCUGGGUCCCAGAAGAAGAAGAGGAGGUGUCGGGGGAGAUCAGGCGAUCAGUGCUUCUUCUGCAAGGACGGCGUACAUAAAGCUCUUGAAUGCCCGAAGUUCCUUAAGGACAAGGCGGCUGGGAGAGUAACAGAGAGUGGUGGGAGAAUGUACAACAGGCAGGGGCGAGUGGUAGAGCGGGCUCCUGAUGGGGGUAGGGCACAGUUAUAUAGACAAAACCAGGAGGCUACGAGUGAGUAGGGGCUGGUCCGUCUAUAUGACAGUAGGAUUAGAGCUCCUGUGUACGCAGAGGCCGUGAUAGGGGUGUACAUACUCU